AUGAAUGAUAUCAGCCAGCGGCUUUGCACACGAUUGUCUAUCUCCAAAGGUAAUCCAACCGUGAUCAACGACAUCUGUCACCACUUCACUUUCGAUGUCAUGGGACAGAUUGGUUUUGGGCAGAGCUACGGACAGCUCGAAAGUGGCAAAUCCCAUCCUGCGAUCACAAAGGUGGAGCGAUUCAUGAAGGCAGGCGUGAUUGUUACGCAGAUGAUGUGGGUGGUCACUCUGCUCAUGGUGAUUCCAGGCUUGGACGAUCCGAUGAAAGACCUGAAAGACUGGGCAAAACAGUUGCUGGACGAGCGCGCUAACACAAGACAGCUGGAAGAGAAAGGCGAAGAUGAGAAAGAUUUGAUGAGUUACGUAGAAGAGAGCAAGAAACUGACAAACACCCGUCAUCCUAUGACAGAUGAGGUGUUCGCAGAGGAUGCAGUUCUACUCCAAGUAGCUGGUUCUGAUACCAGCUACAGUGUGCUUGUCAAUCUGUGCCACUACUUUGCUAAUUAUCCGAAACUGCAGGAGAUCAUCCGAAAAGAGGUUCUUGCUACGUUUCCAGAAGAUGAUACUAAAGGCCCAGUGUGGUCAAAACUCAGUUCGGCGAAAGAGUGUCCUUAUCUUGAUGCUACUGUCAACGAGGUCUUGCGGCGCCAUGCGCCCGUACCCAUGGGUAUGCUUCGAGAAAGUCCAGAUCAUGCUAUCAACAUAGCUGGACACGUUGUUCCGCCCAAAACCAUUGUCUCGUGUCCUAUAUGGUCAUUGCAGUACGAUGAGCGGUGCUUCAAGGAUCCCGACGCUUUCAUCCCUGAGCGGUGGCUAGACAAAAGUCAUCCCGAUAGCCAAGCCGAGCUUGUACUGGACAAGAGAGGAUUUGUCCCCUUUUCUGUAGGACCAAUGAACUGCGCGGGCAAAUAUUUUGCAUAUAUGGAGAUCAAGAUUUUCUGCGCCUAUGUGCUAAAGUCCUUCACGAUCACCUUCCCUGAAGGCAAGACAGGGAAAAGUGAAGAGGAUCUGGAGACGAAGCAGGCUAGAGACAAAGAGCAUGCAUCAGGGACAGAAGACUAUCUCACACAAGGGGCACCGCGAACAGAGAAGCUCUUUGAGCCAUCUCUACUCUCCGGACGAACUCAGCUGUUGGCACCGAAGUGCGACUAUGCUGAGGACGGAGCGUGCUGGCUGUCGCAGUACCUAGCAAAAUCCCUCCUUACCAACACGCCGAACCUUAGAAAUUAA